CUGCAAACAAGAUGAGAAUAUAACUUCCAUAUGCCCACAUCAAGAAGAAAUAUGCUGGAUGUGUGGCACUGACUUCGUCUGUCUGCUUGAUGCCACGACUUUCUCACAGCUCGGCUCGUUAUUAAAAGCAAGGUUCAAGAGGACAGAUGAGCAGACUGUUAAAUGGCACCUCUAUUAGCAGGAAAGGUACUGGGCUACGAUGCAGCAACGCUCUGGCCACAUUGCGGAAUCAUUGAGAGCAUCAGAAGCAAGCCUUAUGAAAAGCCCCUAUUCUUCUUAUUUGCUUUCCUGGACAGAACGGAGAAGUUUGUCUGGCGCACACGCAGGAAAAUAGAAUCACAACAUAACCUCGCCUAAGGGAGGGAGAUAGUAGUCAGCUCAGCACCGCCUCUUGAACCACGGUACGGCCACCGGAGCUGUCGUUAUGUGCAACCAUACAUACACAUACAUACAUACAUACGGCCAUGUUUUCCCUCACACACACCAAAGAAAAGAGGCGUUCAAACGUGCAGAUCAUUUUCGUGGAGUCCGUUUCCGGGUUUUCAGCCCCUCUCUCAUCGGCGUCCCCUCCUCCUUGGCCGCCCUUUUCCAUCCGGCUGUCCAAACAGAGGACCAACUGUGCAAGCAUCCUGCACAAAUUCGAGAUGCACAAUCCAGAUCCGAGGGACAACAAAUGCAGAGCAGCUGCUACAGUAGUGGGAGGGAGAGAUCCCCGUCCACCGUGCAAUGCAGCAUCAACCAACAGGCCACAGCACCAGAGCACCAGAGCACGCCGUGGCCGUGGCUGGAAAGUCCAAGGUACGCGAAGUGCAGUGCUACGAGUACAGGCUUACUCCGUACAGGCUAGCUAGCACCGAUGGCCCCAGUCCCAGUCCCAGUCCCAGU